AUGAUCCGCCUAUCCUACUGGCUAGCACCCAUCCUCGCGGGCCUGAUCUGGCUUGCCACGCUGCUGGCCCUCCUCCUCUACUGGAUCGUCUCCGAGGACCGAACCCACUACUCGUCCAUGUCGGAGGGCCAAACCAUCGCCUACAUCAGUGACGUAGGCGCGUCCGACCUCAAGCCGCUCUUCGUCACGGGCUGCGUCCUGACCACGGUGCUGCUCGACGUUUCGUUCGGCGCCGACCGCUGGCUGCGCCACAAGGGCCGCCUGGCGCCCAACACGACGCGCGGCGAGAAGGUGCUCUCCGGGCUGACCAUCCUGUUCGCCAUCGUCGGGACGGUGGGACUGAUCAUGCUGAGCAUCUUCGACACGGCGCGGUACCCAAAGCAGCACGACAUUUUUCUGCUGCUGUUUAUUGCGGGCUAUGUGCUCUCGGCCGUAUUUAUCUGCUGGGAGUAUCAGCGGUUGGGGACACGUCACCGUCAUAUCCGAAUCCUAGCCGCCUCUUUCUGGAUCAAGCUCGUCUUUAUCAUUGUGGAGGUCUUGCUGGCCGUCGCCUUCGUGGCGAUGACCUACACGCAAAACUACAACCCGGCCGCCAUCCUGGAAUGGGUCGUGGCGUUCGUUUUCUCGGCCUAUGUCUUCUCCUUCUACGUCGACCUGUACCCGGCCGCGGCUACCAAGCAGCAGCUGCAGGUCUCGGUGGAUGCAAGGAACGGGAUGCACAUGCACCUGAGUGGCGGCCGGGAGAAGCCGAGACGGGAGUGGGAAGCUGCCGGGGAGAUGGAGUCGGCCGGGAGCGACCGGACUUCGAGCACCGGUCUUAACGGGGCUGCGCCGCGGGGUAGGGGCAUGGCGAGCAAUUUCUGA